AGAAGAACUUUGAGGAGAAUAUUAUUAAUUUUAAAUUAUUUAUAAUAUUUUUUAGAAAAUAAAUCAUAAAUAUAAAUUUGUUCAAUCAUAGGGAAGCCGGGCAUCCCUAAUUCUGAAUAUGAGACAUUCACAAGUCACUUUCUUCCUGACAUAUUUAAAAUUCAGAAUCCAAGCAUUUGAUGGAAAUUGUAUUUUCGUUGAUUGUUUUUCUAUCUCUCCCAGAAGCUUGCACAUGAUAUCGUCUUAUUCGUAUAUCUAAUCCCAUCUCUCUAGUCUCUUCUCUUCAAAGUUCCCCUCUUCGUCGUCUGAAUAUCAUCAAUCGUCAAUUCGGUUGACAUGGUAACCAAGUUAUUCUAAUGCAGUCGUCAUCUCAAGUACAUAUUCAUUCCGCAUAUUCUUCGCCAUCCACCGCAGCCACCUGCAAAAGAGUCUCUUACCUGACUGCUUCCUACGACUUUCUCUGCCGUCUCAUAGAUUUACGAGUAAUUUCUUGCAACAGGCGACUUCUUUAGAGCAAUUACUUGCUCAUUCAAUGCUUUUAGCUGCUGAUCCUCAUUCGGCUAUUGAUAUUGAUAAACUCGUUGGUUGGUUGAUUGCUCAAUCCGAGCAAACAAGCGGAUGUCCUGAAAGCUUCUGUCUUGUAGAUGUCAAUGAUAAUGACGUUUAUCAUAAAUCUCAUAUCGCGAAUGCUUAUCAUUAUGAUCGAAUAAUGCUCUCUCGUCUUGUAUACGAAACACCAAUUCUUGCACAGGCACGAGCCGAAGGACAUCUUUUAGUUAUUUAUGGACGAGAAGCUGAACGAGUUGCUAAAGUUUUAUUUCAACGGGGAUUUAAGACUGUUUUACUGAAAGGAAACACUGCACAAUUCAAGGAACAAUAUCCAUGUCUCCUGGAGCCUUCAAUUGACUUCGUAAAGCUCAAAGAAAUUUAUGAAAAGAAAAAGAAUUCUGUAUUUGGAGGUCGUCUGUGGAGAAGUACUUCAGCUUCACGAAUCAAAUCUGUAACACGAGACGAGAGAGCUGAAAAGUCGAAAAAAGUGAACAGCAGGCCAACGAGCCAAUCUAGGAAACCAUGGCUUUAGGCGUAUAAUUUUUGAUUGAACACUGUGAUUACUUAUCCUGUUUUAAUAUAUCUUAUCGGUGAACUACAUCAGUAAAACAUUCUUCGCAUUA